CGCUCCUGCUCCGCACCCAGCGCCGGGGCUGGGGCCGCCGCCCGUCCCCUUCCCCGUCCCGUGCCGUCCCGCUGACCGCGGCUCGUCCCGCAGCAGGGCCGCUGGAGGGGAUGGACUAUUCCUAUGAUGAGGACCUGGACGAGCUCUGUCCGGUCUGCGGGGACAAGGUCUCCGGGUACCACUACGGGCUGCUCACCUGCGAGAGCUGCAAGGGCUUCUUCAAGCGCACGGUGCAGAACAACAAGCACUACACCUGCACCGAGAGCCAGAGCUGCAAGAUCGACAAGACCCAGCGCAAGCGCUGCCCCUACUGCCGCUUCCAGAAGUGCCUCACCGUGGGGAUGCGCCUGGAAGCUGUCCGUGCAGACCGGAUGCGGGGAGGGAGGAACAAGUUUGGCCCCAUGUACAAGCGGGACCGUGCCUUAAAGCAGCAGAAGAAAGCUCUGAUCCGUGCCAACGGCUUCAAGCUGGAGACGGUGCCUCAGAUCAUGUCCCCGGUGCAGAGCGACUACAGCCUGUCCUCCACCAUCCACAGCAUCCACGCCAUGUCCAAGACCCUGCCGCCCAACCCCGCUGCCCUGACGCCCGUCGACUACGAGCGCAGCCCCUACGGGACGCCCUCCCUGGGAAUGACUGUGCCCGGCCACGCGCCGCUCCCCGGAUACCACUACCCCUCCUUCCCCAACCGCACCAUCAAGUCGGAGUACCCCGACCACUACACAAACGUGCACGAGUCUGUGCCUGCCUACGUGUACCCAGAGACCUACCCCAGCAGCUCUCCCCCCGACAUCCCCGAGGUCAUCCUGAAGCUGCUGCAGCUGGAGCCCGACGAGGCCCAGGUGAAGGCACGGAUACUGGCCUGCCUGCAGCAAGAGCAGGGCAAGGGCCGGCACGAGAAGCUCAGCACCUUUGGCCUCAUGUGCAAGAUGGCUGACCAGACCCUCUUCUCCAUCGUGGAGUGGGCACGGAGCUGCAUCUUCUUCAAGGAGCUGGAGGUGGGUGACCAGAUGAAGCUGCUGCAGAACUGCUGGAGUGAGCUGCUGGUGUUCGACCACGUCUACCGGCAGCUGCAGCACGGCAAGGAGCACAGCGUGCUGCUGGUCACCGGCCAGGAGGUGGACAUGUCAACCAUCGCAGCCCAGGCCGGCUCCAUCCUGAACACGCUGGUGCUGCGGGCGCAGGAGCUCGUCCUGCACUUGCACUCGCUCCAGGUGGACCGGCACGAAUUUGUCUGCCUCAAGUUCCUCAUCCUCUUCAGCCUCGACGUGAAGUACCUGGAGAACCACACGCUGGCUAAGGAUGCCCAGGAGAAGGCCAACGCGGCGCUGCUGGAGUACACGGUGUGCCACUACCCCCACUCCACGGACAAGUUUCGCCAGCUGCUGCUGUGGCUGGCGGAGGUCCGGGCGCUGAGCAUGCAGGCAGAGGAGUACCUGUACCACAAGCACCUGAGCGGGGAGGUGCCCUGCAAUAACCUCCUCAUCGAGAUGCUGCACGCCAAGCGGACUUGA